AUGGCGACCAACUUUCGGAACACAACCCUCAAUGAGGAACGAAUAUUUGGCAAUACAAGUGGACUAAACACGUCAGCUGGAGUAAUUCCUACGAAUCAUCCACCACCUUUGCCACCGAGACCACAGUUUUCGGGUGGUGGGGGAGAUAUGAUGUUCGGUAAUCGGUAUGGAUUUCCUGGCCAAUCUGGAUAUCACAGCUACAGCCCGUACGGAGGAUAUUCCUCUAUGGAUUAUUAUGGCCACAGGAGCUACGGUGGAUAUGGAGGGUACGGUCAAGGAUAUGGAGGAGGAUACGGUAACCCCGGUGGUGGGUUCAAUUACCCGGAACACAGGUUUAUUCAGUUAGCAGAAGAAAGUUCGCGGCCCGCCUUUCAGAUCCUUGAAUCGCUCGUCGGCGCAGUUGGCAAUGUGGCGACGAUGCUAGACUCUACCUUCUUUGCCGUCACCAGCUCAUUCCGUGCCGUGCUGAGUGUGGCAGCAAAUUUGGCGCACCUGAAGGGAACGUUUGCCCAGUUCUGGUCAUCUUUGGCUGUUGUGCGAGCGGCCGUGUGGUUGUAUAAAAAGAUGCUGUACAAACUGAGGAUAACGAAAACAGAUCCCACGUUGGAGGCAUUCAAAGAAGCGUUUAAUGUAUCUACUGGUAGCGAUGUGAACGGUAACAACAACGGCAGAAAACAUUCAUCCUCACUUUUAGCAGCACUAUUCAUGGGUUUCAUGCUCUCCGUACCCUAUAUGCUGAUAAAAUUGUUUGCACCAAAAGUCAGCGAAGAUACUGGUAAGAGGUUUAGCAUCAAUUGCGCUGAUUUACACGCAGCAGGAUUGAUACAAUUCCCCUUUCUUUUUUCUUACCCAGCACUAAGCGAUCCUGCCAUGUGGAACAAUCCAGUGGAGGUGCAGGCAUUGCACAAUUUCGAUGCCUCCAACGCUCAGGAGAUGUCGAUCCGUGCGGGACAAUCGGUGUUACUUGCGCCGAAGCAAAUUCAAACCGACCGACAUUUGCUGAACAGUGGAUGGGUACUAGCGGCUACAGCCGAUCGACGAACGUCCGGAAUCAUUCCACUAAACUAUGUACAAGCGCUGAAACAAUCUGUCGAGAGUCAGUAGAUAAUUAAAAAUAUUAGCGGGUCUGGUAUCUUACAGUGAUUUCAAUAAAAUGGCUUUUAUUAACCAGCGA